AUGGCCGGAGGAGCCAGCGGCGGCGGGGCGGUGGAGAUAACGCUGGAGCACACGCCGACGUGGAUCGUCGCGUCCGUGUGCUCCCUCAUCGUCCUCAUCUCCCUGCUCUUCGAGCGCCUGCUCCACCGCCUCGGCAAGAGGCUCACAAAAGGCCGCCGCAAGCCGCUGUACGAGGCCCUGCUCAAGCUCAAAGAAGAGCUGAUGCUGCUGGGCUUCAUCUCCCUACUGCUCACCGUGUUCCAGGGCGCCAUGCAGAAGAUAUGCGUCCGGGAGAGCCUGAUGCACCACCUCCUGUCGUGCCCGCGCGCCGGCGCCGGUGCCACCAAGGUUGCGCGGCACUUUGCCGCUACCGUGUUCACUGGUGUGGUGGGCAGCACGAGGAGGCUCCUGGCAGGUGGAGGCGCCUCCAGUGAGUACUGCCUCAAUAAGGGCAAAGUUCCAAUUCUUUCGAUCCAAGCUAUCCAUCAGUUACACAUAUUUAUCUUCGUCUUAGAAGCUACCCAUGUGGUUCUCAGUGCUGUUACAGUUAUUCUUGGAAUCACACAGACAAGAAAAUAG